AUGAAUGUGGAUGGCUUGGACCUACCCAACAUAUCUCAGGGUCCCAGCAAAGCACUUUGGGGCACUCGCAGGGGUCCAACCACGCGCCGGCAGAGGGAGUUCAUGCCAGAAGAGAAGAAGGACACAAUUUACUGGGAGAAAAGGAGAAAGAACAACGAGGCGGCCAAGCGAUCUCGAGAAAAGCGACGUCUCAAUGAUGUGGCUAUUGAAAGCAGGCUGGCCAUGCUGCUGGAGGAGAACGCCACGCUAAGGGCUGAGCUACACGCUCUCAAACUUCAAUUUGGCUUGUUGCCGUCCGUGUGUGGUCCUCGGAUGUUGCCUUUGCAGGCCUUGCUAUGGAAAUCUUCCUGGACUGGCGAGUCCCAUUCAGGGGCUGACUCAUUCUUACCUUUGCCCGGUGGCCAUGGUUGCCUGUUCAAACCAUAUGCUGUGGAUUCUGGGAUUCCAAGCUGCUCAGGCUGCCUGGUGGCUCAAGGGUGGCCUAGCUUAGCUGCUUCCCCCAGGUUCUUGCAGGAGUCAGAGUCCCUGCCCCACCGGAUAGUUGACAAGACCUUUCACGCUACCUUCCCAGCUGCUGUCUUUGGUUGUCCUUUCUUAGAUAAGCAUGUGGGAACCAGACCAGAGCUGAAGAGUUGUUGUGGCCUGUGGUCAUCUGUGCCCACUGGAUCCCAUGCCCCAGGGUCCUCGGGUAUAUCAAUGACAUCCUCUGAGAGUUCCACAGUGUUUUCUCCUGGUAUGACCUGCCCUGUCCCAGGUGACAGGUCUGGCAGUCUGGCUCAGAUUUCCCUGCCUCACAAGCUGCGGAUCAAAUCCCAAGCCUCAAGUGGGUGA